UAGAAACUCCCCUGCGUGCAGCACGCAAAUGUCACCCACGCAACAUUCCAACUUCGCUCACGUAGGUGCGCGCUGUUUAUUUAUCUCCUGAAUUUUCGCGGAGAAAUGAAAAAGUGCAUACUGUAAACUUCAAACACCAACACACAAAUGCCAACAAAAUGGUGGAAUUAGUGAAUUUAACGUAUUAAAUCUACAUUUAAUUCUGUAAAACACAAAAUGGCAUUCUCCAACCCAGCCCUACGAUCCCCCACGGUGUUGGAGCAGCUAUUAGAAGAAAUCAAUUUUCAACGAACAAAGGAAAUGCGACAACUUCUAAAAGAUGAUUCUGGCUUUGUCAUGCUCCAAGGAACCACCUACUGGACAGAUCUCUUCGUGCGUCAUUUUCUUUUCCAAAAUGACAGCACAAUGGACUGCGAUGAUCUGCUUUUCUUCGUGCGCAAGAAGCACAUCAAGGGUUCACCACGAUACCUGCCCAAGUUCGAAACAGAAGUUGACGUUUUCCGCAAAGACAGCCGGAAAUUACCUAUCGGAGAUCCGGACAUCGACUGGGAGGAAACCGUCUACCUGAAUUUGAUUAUCCAUCAAUUUGAGUAUACUCUCACCUUGGCCAUUUGCACUCGUACCAGUCCCAAAGAAUUACAAGUCCUGAAAAGACAUUCCCAGAAAGUCUACGCAUCACCCAGCAGAAGACGCAUGGACACCAAAGGUGAAGUGGAGGAAAUCACCUAUCCGCAUAUAUGCUUCAUGGUGGAUAACUUUGAUGAGGUCUUCCAGGAUAUCCUCGUUAGGGAUGGUGAAAUGGUCUGUGUAGAGUUGGUUGCCGCCGAUCGUGCUGGCUCCAUUCAAGGUGUUAUAUUCCUCGGAUCUAUUAGAUACGAUGCUCUGAAAAAGGUUUAUGACGCGCGGCAAUCGAGCUUGAGUACAAAAAUGGCACAACGAAUGACCUUCGGAUUAUUUUCGACUUCAAGCGCUCAACGCUGUGAGUUCGUACGCAUGAAAGGACCUCAAGGUAAAGGUCACGCUGAAAUGGCAGUCACAAAACCGAAAGGUUCAGGUGUGGAAACACCUACAUCCGAACCGGGUUUCUGUGCAACUGAUAUGUGGGACUCCGACUGGGAGGAGGACCCUGAAGAUUUCUACAGUUAUCGCCAACAACGCAGACUCAGCGAUCCGAGCGCCAAUAUAAAUAAUUUCGUACGUGGCGGAUGGAAAACUAAACUGGAUGUCAAAUCACGCUCGGAGUGUGAAGGUCUUGACUCCAUGGACAAUGGUCUGAGUGAAAUUGAAGGCGGUGAUCUUAGAGAUGAUGUCUCUGGUCCUGCUUCGAAAGCGAAAGCCUGCUGCGGUUGUUUCCGGCGACGCGGCAAACGCGAUUCGAUUGCAUUGUCUGAGAUUUACAACCGUCGCGCUUGCCAAUCCCCUGAGAAGUGUGCCAAACGUGCGCCCAUCGGCCCGAUGGAGAGUAACUGCACGUGCAACAACCCCGCCCUGAGCAAAAUCUUAAACGGUUCUGAUUAUGAAAUUGGCAAGGAGCAGACGAAAAAGUUACGAGUUAAACCACCUCAGGUCAUUCCGAAAAAGUUAACUGAAUUUGAAUUCGCUGAUGAUGCAGCAAUGAGUUUAUCCAACGAGCAGAAUUCUGACGUUAAUGAAGAAACUAGUUUUACAGAAAACCCGUACGUUACAGUGCGUGGCAGAGAAGAGUUUCCUGGUCGGGUUGAGGAAGUCAAAGAGUACAACAUAUCUAAUCGUGCUAAGACUGAUUUAAUUUGCAAUAAGAAUAAGAGUAUUAAAGGCGGAAGUACAAGGAAUAUUAAUGAAACCUUGACGCCUGUCCAUACCAGUAUUAAAAAUGGCAACAAUCAUAGUUUUAUAGAUGAUAACUAUAAUAAGUUAGAUAAGCUAAAUGCAAGCGGUAAUAGUAAUGCGAGUAAUAAUAGUAAAAUUUACGGCUUUUGCACACUGCCAAAGCGCAAGAAUUCAGCGAAAAGGGCGUUAGGUCCUCCCAAACGGGUUACACCCGAUGGAACACACAUCUAUUAUUGGUGUGAUAUUCCGAAACGUGCCAAUCAUGAGUUAGACGACGGUGCUUACAACCCCUUAUGGACUAUGCGGGGCUUCACGCAGACAUUCCACUUCUGGAAGGAGAACAAACGUGCUCAAUCGGUACCACUUAAUGCAUUCCUUACUUAUGUUACUUUGCCAUGGUGGAGUAUUGCUAAAGAUAUUUUGGAUCAUCGUGAAGAACCCAUUUUGACCUUCUAGAAACUUCUUUCUACGUUCUUGAAAACUUUAACUUGAAAAACGAAAUACCAAAACUACCAAAAAAGAUUGAGAUGAACAAAUAAUAUUCAAAGAUUAUAUUUUUAUGCACAAGCGUAUUGGGUAACAUAACGACGAGAUGUUUACGUUUUCGUGUCUUUUUUAUAAUCAUAUAUUGUACGAAUAAUAAUUUAUCGGAUAUUAGAUCGAAAAAGAGGAGAAUCUUAAGAAGAAAAAUAACUAAAAACCAAAAAAGAAACCAGUGAUACAAAAUGUGUUGUUCAUUAAGAAUUAUGUCGUGAAAACAAAAAUAAUAAUAAACAUUCAUGAAAUUUUAA